AUGCCGCUGAACAAGACCAUCUCAGAGGUCGAUAGGGCCAUUUCGACAGCAAUGGAAGGCUUGCCAGAUAAGAUUCACGGCGAGCAUGUCUCCAAUGGCAAUACGCAGGCGGCACGCUUCAAGACUCGAGAGGUCUACUCGCCGGACGAGCAGUUCGCUGUCAUGCUGGAGACCGUCCCAGUGACCACCGAGAGAGUGCCGUACUUACCUUCGAACGACUCACAACUUCGAGACGCAGGCACGGCCAGAGCCAACAUCGCCGCCUCACAGGAAGCUCCCCACGGCACCACGGAGGCUCACUGGGCCGAGAAGCAUCAGAAGCAGAGCGUACUGCAGCAGCACUGUGCAUACUUCGAUCAAGAUGGCGAUGGUGUAAUAUGGCCCUCGGACACCUACAACGCGUGCCGCAAGUGGGGCUGGCACAUCUUCCUCGCAGCAUUGGCUACCUUCAUCAUCAACUUCAAUCUCAGCUAUCCCACCUCACUGUCCUGGAUCCCCGACCCCUUCUUCCGCAUCUGGAUCACCAACAUCCACAAAGACAAGCACGGUAGCGACUCCAUGUCAUACGACAACGAGGGACGAUUUCGCUCGCAGAACUUGGAGGACAUGUUCGCCAAGUACAAUCGCGGAAACAAAGGAGGUUUGGAUGUGGGAGAUCUUCUGCGGAUGCACAAGGGACAGAGGAUGGUGCUGGACUUCUUCGGUCAGACUGCUACGAUCCUCGAGUGGCUUGCUGUGUAUCUUCUGCUGUGGCCAGAGGAUGGCAUUCUGAGGAAAGAGGAUGUUAGAAGAGUGUUUGAUGGAAGCAUCUUCCAGCGCAAGGCAGAUGAGUAUGCCAAGAAGAAGCGGAUGGGACAGUUGAGAAAGGCGCACAUUGACGGCCCCGUCAGGCACUUCAAGCGACUGCUUUGGGAGAAGUGA